AUGAGUUCCCGCAGAGCGCCACGCGCCGACACGUCGGCACCGACCAGCGCCAAUGCGUCUGUUGCACCCACACCCAACCGACCCCCUCCUUCGAUCGCCGCAUCUGAGAGAAGCUCCGUGUCGUCCGAUGGCGACGAUAGCGACCUCAUCUCGGACACGUUGAGCGAAGCCGAUAGCAAGCGCCGGAACGAACGUCCGCGGUUCGACUCGAGUGUUUCGUACGCGGAUUCGACGCGUUUGGAUCGCUUCGACUCGCGUGCAUCCAUGCUAAGCAAUCGAGAACGGUCGGAUUCCCGUGCCUCGUCCAGCAGUCGCGCGUCGAUCUCGAGUCGACGCAGUGCCCGUGCAUCCGAACUCCGGACGACGACCGCGAAAACGCCAGACUUGGACGCGAUCGAUGAAGAAGACUAUCAGUUCGUGUCCCCCUUUGCCGACUUUGAUGCGCAUGACCAGCCGAUCCGUGAACAGUUGCAGAAGGGCCUCGAGAUUGUCAACGAGCAUACGUCCAAGUUGAAGGAGAUCGAAGACGCGCUGUCCGCCGCCAUGUCGGAAGUGUGGGGAUACUGGGCGGAUCCGAUCCAACUGCAUUUGCAUCCCGCCGAGCGCGUGGACGUGCAGGACCUUAUCCGCACCGACAACGAACUGUUCAACAAGGUCCUCACGGUGUUUGCGGUGCUCUGCGACGAGAUUUCCGAGCUCAAAGUGACGGUGGAAGACAACUUUUACCCUGCGUUGAUCAUGUUUGGCCAAGCCAAGCAUGGCGACAAGGGCGACGUCAAGCCCGGCGAGGACGAAGUGCACAUCGGCCGCAUGUUGCCGUUCUUUCAAGACAUUUCGAAUUUCGUGGACCGGUGCAACUCGAUCGCGACCAACCUCGUGCACCAGCUGGCGUCGCUGUACCAGAGUUUCCAAAAGCUAUGGAAGUCCACGUUCAAACACGUGCAUUUAACCAGCGUAUUUGACGCAUUUGGCCACGUGCUGGAGAUUCUGCUCACGCUGGACCUCAUCGUGAUGGACAACCCCAAUAUUGUCACAUCCUGGGACAAGUACAAGCGCAUGAUGCAGUACGUCCGCGCUGAUCCGGCGCGCUACAACGUCACAGCCGACCAGGUCAAGGCAUUUGAACGGCUGCUUGUGAAUUUGGACGGCACGUUUAUGGGCGCCAAGGUAUUUCAAACGUGUAUCGACCAGGACUUCGAGACUACGUUUGGCUACGAAGACAGCGACGACGAAGAAGAAGAAGAAGAAUACGACGAGCAGCUCAACAAGAUCGACGUGCGCAACAACCGCGUGUUUCUCGACGAGUUCUACCACUGUCUCACCAGUCGCAUCCAAGCCAUCGAAACGGCCCUUGGCACAUCCUCGGAAACAAACGAACGAAUCCAAGUGGUGGGUGUGGCGGGGCUAUACGCAGUGUUUCGCAAACUGCUGCCCAACAACGUCCUGCCAGACGUGGGUCUGUAUGAUAAGCUGUGGCAGCUGCAGCUCAAGGCGCCAGUGGUCGUGCUCUGCGGUCGGCUCAGCUGGUACCUGCCAGAAUUUCUCAUCAAGUACGCCCCGCUGCAGUCCAAGACGGCGGUGCCCGUCGACGUGGUGCAGGCGCGGCGUGACUAUCUUGCCAAGUUCGACGAUGUGUUUCAAGACGACGUCGUGUACGUGCAAAGCGAAGUGCGUGCGUGGCUCGUACGCUUUGAAUCGUUUUUUCAACUGAGUACCCGAGGUGGGGGUGACGCCGCGCGGAUUUUGGGAAUUCGAGGCAACUUGAUCGUGAAGGGUCUGAUUUUGGCCAAACGCGUGCAAACGAUGAUGCAGACGCUGCUGCAGUUGCAUUUGCAGCUGAAUAUUCCCAUGCCCAAGCGCAUCCUACGGCCGCUGUACCAUUGCGUGGAAAUGAACAAAGCCAUCGAGUUCAUGCUAGCUCGGAAGAAUCCGAUUCUCGCAGAGAGCGCGGCGCUCAUGUUGCGGCAAGUAGCACACGCAUUGACGUUGUUGCUUCGUCCAAUCAAAGCCAAGCUCGAAGCAAGCAAACGCUUCGACGACACUAAGCUGGACAUUCUGGCAGCUGUAUCGGUGGUUGAGGACAUUCUGCACACGGGCGAGUCAUUUUCAUCCACCCGAUUGACGGUGCUAUCGCUAGCGAUUCAAAUUGCCCUCAUUUCCGACGACGAGCCCAAAGAUAAGAAGACAAUAACGCCGUCAGGAGAAGCAGAAGCGCGCAAACUUGUGUGGAAGUUGCAUGUGCUGUGCGACUUUCAGAGAAAGAUCAGGCUCGCGACAGACUGUUCGUUCUUAUACUGGAGUCGAGAGCUGCUCACGCUGUUUGUCCAAGACAUGUACUCGGUGCCGGAGAACGCCAGUCGCAUACAAUACGUGCUGGCGGGGUUUUUAGAUGCGAUCAAGGUGCUCAAGACGGCGGGACACGAAGAGAAUGCCGUGGCGUACUACGUGGAAGCGUUUGCGUCGUUCGUGGAGGAAGUGGUAGAAGACGACCUUGUGGUACCUCUGUGCAUGGACAUUGAGAACGAUCUGCGGCUGCAUGUCCACUCGGUGCAUCUCGAGCACAUGGAGACCCCCAACCCAAUCAACAAUGCCGAUUUCAAGGUGCUGCACUAUUACAUGGACCUGCGUCCGAUUCGCAUUUGGGGCAAGUGUGUGGACCUGCGCGACCGCGUGACGCAUUACUUGGAGUCGACGUUUUACAACCUCACGACUGUAGCGCUACACGACUGGAAAACGUAUGGGGAAAUGCGACAGCUCGCAAACGACAAGUACGGCCUCCACUUGGCCGAGAACCACCUGCCCAUGGGAAGCCUCGACCAAGGCCUGGACGUGCUGCAGAUCAUGCGCAAUAUCCACAUCUUUGUGGGUCGGUACAACUACAAUCUGAACCAGCAGUUCUUUGUCGAGCGCCGCAGCGACAAGGGCUCGCGGCACCUGAACGCGAUUUCCAUCCACUCGAUCGCUAGCAGCAUCCGCACCCACGGCAUGGGCAUCCUCAAUACCACCGUCAACUUUACGUACCAAUUCCUCAGCAAAAAGUUCGACAUUUUUUCGCAGUUUCUGUUUGACGAUUACAUCAAGAGCUUUCUCAAACGAGAGGUCCGGUGGUAUAAAUCCCAUAAAACCGAGACCCAAGACCACAAGUACCCGUUCCAGCGUGCGUUUGAUUUCAACAAAGAAAUUCGACAAUUGGGAGUAUCCGACGCCGGCCGAACGUUCCUGGACCAGUAUCGCAUCCUCAUCACGGAAAUGGGCAACGCCCUCGGCUACGUCCGCAUGGUGCGCUCUGCUGGCAUGAACUAUUGCAGCAAUGCAAUUCAAUUUGUGCCCGACUUGAAUACACGAAACUUUGAAUUCGAAGCGAUGGUAUCGCCAGAGCUGAGUAAUGAAACGGCCGUGGCGGCCAAGAAUGUGGACGCGGUGGUGGCCAACUUGUCUCGCAACUUUAGUGAGAACAACGACUACUUUCACGUACUCGUGCAAGUGUUUCAGCAAGUGGUGGCGUCGCAAAAGCAUCUGGGGCUGUUUUACCAGAUCGUGCCGGCUUUGACCAUCAACUUUAUCGAAACGUCGGUGCAGGCCAAGGACCUCAUGUACAAGAAUACGCGGCGCCGCGAGUCGUACUUCACGGACGACGGGUUUGCCAUUGGGAUUGCCUACCUUUUGGCGAUUCUAAACCAAGGCCAGGCAUUUGACUCUCUGCACUGGUUUGAAGAAGUGGAGCGCAAAUUUGAGGCGGACGAAGCCGCGUUCAUCGUCAAGCAGGGGGAGCGGGACGCCCGCAAGCAUGCGAUGGCGGACAAGAAGGAGACGGCGGCCGACCUGAUCGAGGACGAAGAGGAAGUGCACACGCUGCAGCUCACGGCCAAGCGCAUCGAAUUGCAUCGACAUGAGUUUGACCUGCUCAACUGGUCGCUCAACGGCGCACGCAUCUUUUUCAAGGAUUAGGCCCAUCGUUACAUGGACGACAUAAGUGUGCAAUCGCAAGGCUAAUAUAUAUAUAUAUAUAUAUACUGUAUGCAUGG